AUAUUUUCUAUUUUUACCAUAUGAUUAUUAAAAAAAUUGAGUAAGAAUAUGCUCAAUAAUUCAAAUUAUUAUACAUUAUUAAAUUGUGGUCUUUCGUCUACGAGUGAACAAAUAAACACAGAAUUUAAAUUAUUGGCGCUAACUUACCACCCAGAUAAAAAUCCUAAGUAUUCCAAAGAAAAAUUUGAAGAAUUAAUUACUGCAAAAACUGUUCUCUUAAAUCCAUAUUUAAGGCAACGUUAUGACCAGUAUAUAAAAUCUGGAAUGUCUAUUAGCUUUGACAAAUAUAUUGAACUAACUAAAUUUGGGGCCAUUCAUUGGAUUCCGGAUAAUAAUUCAAAAAUGAUAUUGAAUACUAAAAAUGACAAUAUAAAAAAAUUGUUAGAAUCUACCUUUAAUGAAGAAAUAACUGACACUCAGAAAUUAUUCCGAUCUUAUCAAAUAUGAUUUAUUAUAUGAACAUAAAAUUUGAACUUUUUUUUCAAAAAUCUUGAUUAAAUAUAUAAAAUCUCAAAUAGUAGUUUAAAGCUAUGAUUUUUUUGACAAAUAAUCUGUGUAGGUGUAAGUUGGUUUUUUUUUACAUUCAUUGAUUAU